GUUUAGAAAUGGCCGAAUCAGUACUGGAAAAUCCAAUUUUCAUUCGAUCAUGCAUUCUCUACGAAGUUCUUCACCGCAAGCCAAUACGUGAAAGCUAUAAGAAUUUCUGCGAAAAACUAGGCGAUGACGUCAUGGAUUACAUAGAUUUUGAGUUCUGGUUUUAUCGAUUUUAUGAAGGAAAUCAUGAUUUGAAUUAUGAUCAGAAACUGGAGCCCAAAAACUUGUCGGAUAUGCCAAUUAAAAUACUUCAGCGGAUUUUGAAUGAACUGUGUUUUCGUGACAAGAUGGUCCUUCAAAAAGUUUGCCGAAUCUUGCGAAAAGUUGUCCCGGAAAUUGAUGCGGUAGCUCACAGUGCAGUGAGUUUUCGAAUGUGCAGAGAUUGGGCAUUUCUCGAAUUUUCUAAACAUGAAAUUGUAUAUCGAGAAUUCGAAGGCGGUUGCAUUGUGAAGUAUGAGGAUUAUGCAAAAUCUGUCAUAGGAGGAAACCAGUUGGAAUUGGCAUUGAACGACUUUUCCAACUUUCUAAAAUGUCCAAAGCUUCAUCUUAAAAUUUUCGGCGUCACAUUUUCAAGUGCUGUUGGGGAAGAAGCCCGUCAGAAGGUGAUCGAGACGGUUGGAACUUUGAAAUGGCCGAAUUUAAAAACUGUAUUUUUCAAUGGAAUCCAUCAAUCUGAAAUCAAGCCCAUGAUUGCUUGUUUCAAUUCAGAAACAAUCGAGCACAUUAUUCUAGACGUUUCUCGAGAUUCAAGUGAUUUUGAGUUGAAUGCAGAUGUCUAUGAGUCGGCGCAAUGGAAACAUGCCAAAAUUAUUCAGAUUUGCGGGGAUUGCGAACUUUUAAUUCCUUUUGCAAACUUGGCUCAUUUGGUGGCAUUCGAGAUUCCGCUUCAGUCGUUUACAAAAGAAUAUGCAUUAGAAAUAAAACAACAUCUCGACAAUUUCCCUACCAACUUGCAAAAGGCGAUUUUCCGAAGCUUAAUCACGGACCCCAUUGAAAUCGCAAGGGUCUUCGACCCAGAUCAUGAAGGUGAUGCAGUCAACAUUCUGGAAUACAAUACGACUAGUUCACGAUUCGUUAUCCAGUGCGAGGCUUAUAAGUUUGCAGUUGAGAAAAGAGAUGAUAGUGUAGAAGAUCAGCCAACACUUUAAAUAGUUUGCAAUUAUUCUUUAGGUUGUAUAAUAAAUUGUCAUGUUUUAUAUCAAUUAAAUUAUGUUUUGUAUAAACUAAAUUGAAAUUUAUAA